AUGCAAUAUAAACAAAAACAAAACCAUUGCACCAAGACAAAGUUCGUCUCAUUCUUUCUGGACGUAAUAUUGUGUAAAUAAUAAUAUACUAUAUAAUUACAAAAGUCAGAACUAUUGCCAACUGAGAAACUCUAGACAGUCACAUCCGAACGAACUAGCAAAAAAAUUGUGUGGCCGCCAUGGAGAGUGCGUCGUCUGCCAAGACGGGCGACUUCUUCUACGGCUGGGAUCUGCUCUACAAGACGGUCCAGUCGGAUGUAGACAAGAAGCCGGAUUUGCUGAUUGCCCUGGUCCACUUUCUGCUGACCAAGCACUACAACUUUCGCUGCGUAGGCAUUGGCGAUGAUAAAACACUUCCCGAGGAGGAGGGCAGUGAGCUGCUGCCGGACAACUGGAACGAUGACGAUACCAAGUACUCGCUGCGCUAUGUGCAUGACAAGAUGCUCUACCUGCUGCUGGGCCACAUCACUGAGGACGCCCUGCUGAUCAACCUAAUGGACAUCAACACCAAGAAGGUCUCAAACAUCUGCGUGGAACCAGAGACUCUUGUGGCCGCCGUCAAAGGAGGCAUUAACACCUUGAUGCCAAGCGCCUCAGAGAUUGUUGACCGCUAUCGCAAGGAAUUGCUCGAUCCAGUCUUUACGGGCAACUCGCGCGAGGUGACCACACAGACAACCACCACCUCGCCACGACCCAGCGGAUCGGAUCCCUUGCGCAUCGGCGAACCCAGACGUGGCGGAUCCUUCACUCCGGGUGGCUUCGAGCCACGCCCUUUUGGCUUUCCGGACAUAGGACGCGGGGAUCUGGAUCCACUGGGUCGCGGUGGUCCUGGUAACUUAUUUACCUUUCCAUCACGUCCAAAUAUGGGGCCGGGACAUAUGCCCCGCUUCGAUCCGUUCGGUCCCAUCAAUCCCAACAUGCCAGGCCAGGGUGGACCCAACCCGGAUCAUAUGCGUCCCCCGAACUGGGACCCAGAUUAUUACAUGUGAUUACCAGGAAUGCCCUUGGCUCGACGCCGAAAAAUCUUUAGUUUAUAAUUAUAAUGGGAGGAAAUAUUGUUUUCGAUUCAGCAGACCGAAAUUGAAUUAAUUUUUUGAAAGAUAAUUUUAUUAUUUUUCAUACACAAUACAGAAUAUUUCGAUAUAAAAUAAAAAGCAGCCUGUCCGACCAUUUAGAAAUUAGCAAGUCUGUUCGAGUUUUCACCACACCGUUUUUCUUCAAUUAAAAAUUGAUAAUCUUAAAGACAAACAUUAUCUAUGAAAGUAAAUACCCGAACAGGCCUGUUCAUAAUUCGUCGGCUGGCCCAGAAAAAUUUA